UGAACAAAUGACCAAAAAUGGAAAUCAAAAUAAGAAAAAAAAAAUGAAACCAUAAUACUAAAGAUAAUAAAACCUUCUUCAUUUUCCCUGGUUUGAUUCCUUUAAUCGCAGGGAAAAGAAAGAAUAAAGACAAAAAGGAAAAGCUUCGGCAAUGUUUGAGUUGCCAUGGGGGUAUAGAAAUGGAUUAGGUUAAUCCCUUUUUGCAUCAAAACCAAAGAAGAAUUAGCCUUUUUUGGCGUACAGGAGAAUUAUUAAUUUGUUCCUUUUUUAAGAAACAAAAAAAAAAAAAAAUCUUUUCCUGCUUAGUUUUCCUGUACGCCUCCAUUGAAGGUUUCUUGAGUGUUAUUGUUUUUCCAGGGAUUUCUGAUUCUAUCCAUGAAAAGGAUGAAGUAUCUAGCGAAUUUAAUUGCUGGGGUUUGUCUGAUAUUCAAUCUUAUUCUUGUUUCAAGCCAGCCAUUGUUUGUGGACUGUGGGUCAAAGGGUGGGAAAGAUGAAUAUGGAAGAACAUGGGUAGAAGAUACCAAAUACCUGACUUCCUCUCAAAAUUCAGAACAAGCUGGAGCUCAAUAUCAUGACCCUUUACUUCCUUCAACACUUCCAUACAUGAAUGCCAGAAUCUUCAAAUCCCAAGCAACCUAUAAGUUCCCUAAAAAAGCUAAGGAGCGUUACUUCCUCAGGUUCCAUUUUUAUCCUUCAACUUUCGGAAACUACGAUGUUUCCAAAUCAUAUUUCGCAGUGGCAGCUGGAGAGAUCACCUUGAUGAACAAUUUCAGCGCUGCAAUUACGUGUCGAGCACUUACGCAGGCUUAUCUUGUACGAGAGUAUUCCUUGGCACCUUCAGAUUCUGAUAGUUUAGAGAUUACAUUUACACCUUCAACCAACUAUUCAGACACUUUUGCUUUUGUUAAUGGCAUUGAAUUUGUUGCAAUGCCAAACUUGUUUGGGACGGCAACUAUGGUGGGUUACCGUUCGGGGGGCGUCUUGGAUGUGCCGACAGAGAAUUUGCAGACCAUGUAUAGAGUGAAUGUUGGUGGACAAUUCAUACCUCCAAACAAAGAUGCUGGUGGCCUUUCAAGAACUUGGUAUAUCGAUGGUACUUAUUUGAAUGGUGCUGUAGAGGGACUCAGUAUUCAAUCUGAUAAAACAAUUAAGAUUGAUUACGGUAACAUGUCAACUGCUACAGCUCCUGAAGAUGUUUAUAGCACAGCAAGGGUAAUGGGAAAAUAUGGUAAAAUCAACUUGCGGGCCAACCUCACAUGGGUGUUCCGAGUUGAUUCCAAUUUCACAUAUGUUGUGAGGUUACAUUUUUGUGAGUUUCAGUUUGAUAAACUGAACAACAGAGUAUUCAACAUUUACCUCAACAAUCGUUCAGCUAUAGCUGACCCUUAUCCAGCUGAUAUACUUGCUUGGACAAAUCAGGAGGAGGUUGCCACAUACAAAGAUUUCGCUCUAGAUCUCAAUGAUGAAUCAGGUCAUAAUCAGAUUCGAGUAGAUCUCAACCCUUCAGCUAUACACAAGCCAAGGUUCUAUAAUGUUCUGCUCAAUGGACUUGAGAUUUUCAAGGUUAGUGAAGGCAGAAGUUUGGCAAGUCCAAAUCCGGAACUGUCGGAUAUGAUGAUUCAAGAGGACCAAGCGGCGAUGAACAAGCCUAAGACGUUUUCCAAGUCCAGCGAUAAUAUAGUUGUUGUUGGAGCCACCGGAGGAGCGGCAGCGGCCUUCGUGGUGGUUGCACUAUUAGCUUUCUUCUAUACAAAGAAGAGAAAAGUGCAUGGGGUUGGAUCACAUACCUCUAGUUGGCUACCAGUUUAUGGGAACUCCAACGUAGGAGGAAGCAGAUCAAACAGCGCUCAUAUUUCAGCCCUGGCGCAAGGUCUGUCACGCCAUUUCUCCAUAGCAGAAAUCAAGCAAGCCACAAAUAACUUUGAUGAAUCUAAUGUCAUAGGUGUUGGAGGGUUUGGGAAGGUGUAUAAAGGAGUUAUUAAUGGAGGUACCAAGGUGGCCAUUAAACGAUCCAAUCCAUCAUCAGAACAAGGAAUCAAUGAGUUCCAAACUGAGAUUGAGAUGCUUUCAAAGUUGAGACACAAGCAUUUGGUUUCUUUGAUUGGGUUUUGUGAAGAUGGUGGAGAGAUGUGCUUGGUUUAUGAUUACAUGGCCCUUGGAACUUUCAGGGAACACAUUUAUAACAACAAAAAAUCAAAUCUGUCAUGGAAGAAAAGGCUAGAAAUCUGUAUUGGAGCAGCCAGGGGACUGCAUUAUCUCCACACUGGAGCUCAGUACACCAUUAUUCAUAGGGAUGUAAAGACAACCAACAUUCUGUUGGAUGAAAAAUGGGUUGCAAAAGUUUCGGAUUUCGGGCUAUCCAAAACUGGUCCUGACAUGAAUCAAGGCCAUGUGAGUACAGUGGUGAAAGGUAGCUUUGGGUACUUGGACCCGGAAUAUUUCCGAAGACAGCAACUGACCGAAAAAUCCGACGUUUACUCCUUUGGUGUUGUUCUCUUUGAGGCAUUAUGUGCUAGACCAGCUCUCAAUCCUAGUCUUCCUAAAGAACAAGUUAGUCUGGCAGAUUGGGCACUUAGUUGUCACAAGAAAGGAACACUGGAUGACAUCAUUGACCCUCACUUGAAAGACAAAAUAGAUCCAGAAUGUUUAAAGAAGUUUGCAGGAACAGCUGUGAAGUGCUUAUCGGAUCAAGGGAUUGAUCGUCCUCACAUGGGGGAUGUGUUGUGGAACCUUGAGUUUGCUCUCCAACUCCAAGAAACUGCAGAUAGUUCCGGCUCGUCCGGUGAUCAAGGAAGUGUACGGUCAAGAGAUGCUAGUGUAAGAAACCCAAGAGAAUCAGGCAACCUUAGUGUUGGCAGUGAACAUGAACUGAAUGAAAGUAAGGAUGAUAGUGUAAUCUUCUCUCAACUUGUCAAUCCAACUGGGAGGUAAAAAGGAUAACUACUGCUCAAGGCCAUUUCACAAAGGAAACCAUAGAACUUAACCAUUACAAAAAAAAAAAAAAAAAAAAAAAAAAAAACAAAAACAAAAACAAAAAAA